AUGAAUAGAACGUCAAUGUCUUCUCCCAACAGUAUCAGCUCCUCACCUGUCACAGUAUUGUCUGUAGUCAGCCCACUAGACGAGCAAUUGGUAACGAAAUGCCAGCAGCAUCAUCUGGAGCUCGAUUGCAGCAGCAGCAGCAUCGACGACGCUACUGCUGUCACGUUCAAUGCAUGGGAGCUUCCCAUUUUGGAAAAAGAGGAAGAGUCCAAUCAUUUGGUCCAAAAUAUUUUGGAUGAUCUCCAACAUGCCCAAGAAUCGGGCAGUCUCUGCCAAUUGUGCGAAGCCUGGAACGCUCUGGGUUUGAUCCGCUUGCACACGAGACGAAAUCCUGCGGGUGCUUUGGAAUGCCAUGCCUUGGCGCUCCGACUGAUUGCGUGCAAUGGCGAUGAAGAUUGCAUGAAAAAGGCAACGACACUGAGCGACAUGGGUCUCUGUUACGAACGUCUGCAACAAACCAAAGAAGCCGUGUUGGCCUACAAACAAGCCAUGGAUUUGAUGAAGGGAACCUCUUCCAGUCAUCCACAAAAGAUGUCUUUGGAACGCACCAUGGCUCGUCUUACCAGAACGUAA